UCCUCACGUGCAGCCAAAAACCCUCAUUUCUUCACCGAUCAAAGCAUUAUGUCCGAAGAACUCGUGGUCUUCCGGAGCUAAAACCCUAGCAAUGGCGGUUAGGUCCCUUUCUUGUCUUAGGAAGCUCCUCCGGCAUGAUAAUGGUUCCUUUCCUUUUAGUUUCCGAUUAGGGUUCACCGAGAGCCGACGCUCUGUGACGUACAUGCCCCGGCCCGGCGACGGUGCGCCGAGGGCAGUGACGCUGAUUCCCGGUGACGGAAUCGGUCCCCUGGUCACCGGAGCCGUGCAGCAGGUCAUGGAGGCGAUGCAUGCGCCUGUGUUCUUCGAGACCUAUGAGGUCCAUGGAGACAUGACAUCAGUGCCGCAGGAGGUAAUUGAUUCGAUCCGAAGGAAUAAGGUCUGUCUCAAGGGGGGCCUGGCUACGCCAGUGGGUGGAGGUGUUAGCUCUCUGAAUGUGCAGCUGAGGAAGGAGCUCGAUCUCUACGCUUCCCUGGUCAACUGUUUCAAUCUCCCUGGGUUGCCCACACGCCAUGAGAACGUUGACAUUGUUGUAAUUAGAGAGAACACGGAAGGGGAGUACUCUGGGCUUGAGCACGAGGUCGUUCCUGGUGUGGUAGAGAGCUUGAAGGUGAUGACAAAGUUUUGUUCAGAACGGAUUGCAAAAUAUGCUUUCGAAUAUGCCUACCUCAACAAUCGAAAGAAGGUUACUGCUGUGCAUAAAGCCAACAUUAUGAAACUUGCAGAUGGUCUUUUUUUAGAAUCUUGCCGGGAGGUUGCAACAAAGUACCCUGGGAUAAAAUAUAAUGAGAUUAUUGUUGACAAUUGCUGCAUGCAACUUGUUUCGAAGUUGCUGCAUGCAACUUGUUUCCUUGUUUCGAAGCCUGAGCAGUUCGAUGUCAUGGUCACUCCAAAUCUGUACGGGAAUCUUGUGGCAAACACUGCUGCAGGUAUUGCUGGUGGAACUGGUGUCAUGCCUGGAGGCAAUGUCGGACAAGAUCACGCAGUUUUUGAGCAAGGUGCUUCCGCAGGCAAUGUAGGUAAUGAGAAACAAGUGGAACAAAAGAAGGCGAAUCCCGUUGCUCUCCUCCUCUCAUCUGCUAUGAUGUUGAGACAUCUCCAGUUCCCAUCAUUUGCUGACCGCCUUGAGACUGCUGUUAAGGGAGUGAUUGCGCAAGGUAAUUACAUGACCAAAGACCUCGGAGGGAGCAGCAACACCCAAGAAGUGGUUGAUGCAGUCAUAGCACAACUUGGUUGAUUGGUUGCACAGCCCUUGUGCCUGUCCAGAACUUAACUGGUCUUGUCUUGUCCGUGCUGUAAUCCCCUCUAAUAAAUCUUAUAGAUCAUUUUUUGACAUGCUGCAUUCUAUAUACUUAUCUUAUUUUUUUUUAAAAUAAAUAUUUUCUUACUUUUUAUUUACA